UUAUCAUGGAUUAUAAAGAAAAAGCUCAUUCUGUCGCUGAACUCCUUCUAAGCUACAGGAAGGACGAGUCCGGCUGGAAAACCUGCAAGAAAACGAAUGAAGUCGUGGUUUCUUGGAGACCAUCAGUUGAAUUUCCUGGAAAUAUGUAUAAAGGAGACGGGAUCAUCAAAGGGAGUCCGCAGAAGGUGUGGGAGUGUUUAAAACCAGACCCCAACGGACUUCGUCUCAAAUGGGACAAAAACAUCAAGAAGUUUGAGCUCCUGGAGCAGAUAUCUCCUGAGGUUUUGAUCGGCAGGACUGUUACUCCCUCGGCUGCCAUGGGCGUGAUUUCACCACGAGACUUCGUGGACGUCAUUCUCGUCAAGAAAUACGAGGAUGGCACAAUUACAUCGAACGCGACUAACGUGAGCCAUCCCUCCUGCCCUCCUCAGCCUGGCUACGUACGCGGCUUCAACCAUCCAUGUGGCUGCAUCUGCACACCUGUACCUGGGGAGGCGGAUCAGACUCAGCUGAUCAGCUUCUUCCAGACUGAUCUCGGAGGUUUGCUUCCACGUUCCGUCGUCGAUUCCUUCUUCCCUUCCAGCAUGACCGAAUUCUACAGCAACCUCGGCAAAGCCGUCAGAUCUCUCAAAUAG